CGGAUGCAAACUCUGUGCCAAAACUCACGUGUGCUCGGGAGCGCGCUGAAAACGUAAACAAACAUGCGGAUAAACGCGAAAACUCAAGUUUGGUCUCACAGUGUGGUCCUCGUCCCUUACAGAGAGCAUCACGUAGCAAAGUAUCACGAAUGGAUGAAGGACCCCUACCUGCAAGCGAUGACAGCUUCAGAGCCCCUGACUCUGGAGCAAGAGUACGAAAUGCAGAAGUCCUGGCUAGAGGACGAAGACAAAUGCACGUUUAUCAUCUUGGACCGGGAAACUUACGAAAGUAGCCAGGAUGAAGUGGAGGCGAUGAUCGGCGACGUCAACCUAUUCUUCAACGACCAGGACCGCCCUCGUGACGCAGAAAUUGAGGUCAUGAUUGCAGAGUCGUCACAACGCCGGAAAGGCCGUGGCAAAGAGUCGAUUCACCUAAUGAUGAGAUACGGUGUUCAAGAACUUCAUGUCAUGGCUUUCUCAGCAAAAAUAAAAUUAAACAAUGAAGUUAGUCAAAGGUUGUUCGAGAACAUAGGAUUUACUUUGGUAUCGACAAGCAGUGUAUUUGAAGAAGCAACAUACCAUAUUGAAGUCAAUGAUCACUUAACAACCAUUUUGCAAUCUGCUACACCACAUUACAGACUUGAAUCAUUGCUGUAAUUACAGUUUCUGGUUCUUGGUGUAUAUAUAUGUUUCAACACGACAUGCAAAUAAAGUACACCCAGCGACGAACUAUUACGGACCAUGAAAUCUGAGAGAAAGCUCAAUAUUUGCGGUCUCACAACGUAGCCUGGUAUUUGCAUUUUGGACCUCGACUAGAAUAUGCUAGCAACGUUGUCAUAUACAGUUUUACUAGCUACUGCUCCAGGCUGCUUGGGAAUUGAACUUGUUCUGAGAUCCCGUGGUCCGUAAACUUUUGUUGCUGGGUGUACAUGAUGAAGCAAAGCUAAAAUUGGUAGUUUAUACAUGACAGCGAGAAGUGGCAGGCAGACUGCGAACGUGAACUUGGAAUAAAGUUUAUUUGAUCAAUCUUGUGCACGUUAAAUGACGCAACUAUGAUUGCUUGUUGAAGUGAGCAUCACAUUGGGCACAAAUAGCCCCUAUUUAGGAUAUAGAGUUAGUAUACUGAACAGUAUUCGCAGUGUUAGAACACUGUGAAAUAAUUCACACC